AUUUUCAUUUCACUAAAGAUUUAGAGAGAUACUCUACUUGCCGUGUCCACAGGCGACUUACUCACACAACCACGCUCGUUACUUCCACUCCCUCUCCCUCUCCCUCUUCCUCUCGUACAGAUAGAUAGAUCUAAAGACCCAAGUUUACAGACUCAAAUCUGCAUCAAGCAAUGGAGUUCCAGUGCUCAUCAUCACCCACUGGAUCCAUUGCCAAGCUCAGCAGCUUCGCCAUUCUGAUUGUGUUAUUGCUUUCUUGCUUCACUUUCACUUCUACAGAUGCGUAUGAUGCUCUUGAUCCAACUGGUAACAUCACACUCAAAUGGGAUAUUAUGAGUUGGACUCCAGAUGGCUAUGUUGCCGUUGUUACAAUGUUUAACUUCCAGCAGUAUCGCCAUAUACAAGCUCCAGGUUGGACAUUAGGUUGGACAUGGGCGAAAAAGGAAGUAAUCUGGAGCAUGAUGGGAGCACAGACAACGGAUCAAGGGGAUUGUUCAAGAUUCAAAGGAAAUGUUCCACAUUGCUGUAGAAAGGACCCAACAGUUGUGGAUUUGUUGCCAGGAACUCCUUACAACCAACAGAUUGCAAAUUGCUGCAAAGGUGGAGUACUAAACUCUUGGGCCCAAGAUCCGGGUGCAGCAAGUUCAUUCCAGGUCAGUGUUGGUGCUGCAGGGACAACUAAUAAAACUGUCAGAUUGCCUAAGAACUUCACGCUGAGAGCACCAGGGCCGGGAUAUACUUGUGGGCCUGCUAAGAUUGUAAGACCAACUAAGUUUGUCACUCAAGAUAAAAGGAGAGUCACCCAAGCUUUGAUGACUUGGAAUGUUACUUGCACGUACUCACAAUUUCUUGCUCAAAAGACACCUACAUGUUGUGUUUCCCUCUCUUCCUUCUAUAAUGACACCAUAGUAAACUGUCCAACCUGUACCUGUGGCUGUCAGAACAAUAAGACCGAUCCUGGAAGCUGUGUAGACCCAAACUCUCCUUACUUGGCUUCCGCUGUAUCAAAUCCUGGCAAAGGCAACAACCUGAAUACACCUCUUGUCCAGUGUACUAGCCAUAUGUGUCCAAUUCGAGUCCAUUGGCAUGUUAAGAUCAAUUACAAGGAGUAUUGGAGGGUGAAAGUCUCAAUAACAAAUUUCAAUUACAGAAUGAAUUACUCGCAGUGGAAUCUUGUUGUCCAACAUCCUAACUUCGACAAUUUGACCACGAUUUUCAGCUUUAAUUACAAGUCUUUGACUCCAUACGCAGGCUUAAAUGAUACUGCCAUGUUAUGGGGUGUCAAGUUUUACAAUGAUUUUCUUAAUCAAGCUGGUCCCCUUGGAAAUGUUCAAACGGAGCUUCUCUUCAGAAAAGACUCGUCAACUUUUACUUUUGAAAAAGGAUGGGCUUUCCCACGAAGGAUCUAUUUCAAUGGUGAUAACUGUGUCAUGCCACCUCCAGAUUCCUACCCAUGGUUGCCAAAUAGCAGUCACAAGCCAAUGGCAUCCCUACUUCGUCUAGCCAUGACUGUCAUAGCAUCUUUUGUAUUCUUAGUUACUUAUUCAUAAAUGAAUUAAAGUCUGCGGAAGCAAUAAAAGCAAUAUGCUUUUUCAGGACGUUCUAAUCUAUGAACUCUAUCUGGUUAACAAAGCUUACGGCAUUCCAGACGUUCUGAUCAAAAUUACUAGUGCUGCAGCUUCAUAUUAAACGAGUAAUUCAGGUGCACUUUGGCUUAUCACUACAAAAUUCAGCUUUGCAAUCUGUUGUGUAUGAAGAUUUAACUUUUUUACUGCCUUUUAUUUGUUUAGAUUUAGUUCUUGCCCCCCUCUUCUUCUUUUUUUUUUAAUAAUUUAUACAAGUUUUGAAUUAUCUGUAGAAUAUCCACAUUGAAUUUGUUCUUCGUAUUGUAAGAGAUUUUACGAAGUCAUUGUUGAACUAUCGUGUUAAGCCUUUUAUACUAGCAUUUGAUCUUCUUCUUU